AUGUCGCCCACAGAAAAGAAAAGCACCACAGAGCCAGUCGACAAGGAAGCCGUCCGCAAGCUGAUCAACGAGCUCGAAGGUAAACUCGAAGCUCUGUACACCCUAAGCUACGAGGUCAACAGAGGUAUUCUUGAGAGUCAAGAUGCGCUCGAAAGCGUCCGCGAGAAACGCGUCAAGCUCAUCAGAGCGCGACUAGACCGGAUCUUCCAGCAGUGGAAUAUCGGGCCUCUGACUAGCAACCAUCAACCGUCAAUUCAGAAUCAGACCCAGAAUUCGGGUCUGGGUCUGGUCCCAGGAUCGAGCCUGGCUCAGACUCAAGCUGGGAAUAACCAGCAAGGGCAAUUUGGUCUGCCAUGGUAG